UAAGAUUGUCGAUAAAAGAAAACGAAUCGUCACAUCGAUUUUAUUUGUGUUACAUUAAAAACGUAUCUUUUGCUUACGGAUUGAAUUUUUUUUGGCUCACAAUGCAAUGUUCGGUGUUCGUAUUUGCGCUAUACUCCUAUCUGACCAUAGUAGUUCCAGCAAAUGAAAUAACGAAUGGUAUUUCGAAUUUUGCAUGGGAUUUUUAUAGGCAAUGUAUCAAUGCGACAAGUGGUAAUAUGAUAAUCUCUCCAUUCUCUGUAACAACUGCACUGUCAUUGCUCCUGCAAGGGAGUAACGGCGAAACAUCUGAACAAAUUCGAAAUGGGCUUCAUUUGAUUGAUAACAAGAUCGUAAUAGCAGAUCACUUUUCCAAACAUUUUGAAUUGCUUGAAAAUGCCGCUGAAAAUACAACUCUUUCAAUGGUUAAUCAAAUUUAUGUGCAACAAGGAUUACAUUUAAGUGGACAUUUUCAGGAAAUUGCUAUUGAAAAAUUUCGCUCCGGUAUUGAGUUGAUAGAUUUUGCAAACAAAGACAAUGCCGUACAAACAAUCAACGAUUAUGUUGAGAAGAAAACAUUUGGAAAAAUCAACAAUUUGAUUGAAUCGAAAACUCUCGAUUCAGAUACGCGUAUGGUUUUAAUAAAUGCAAUUUAUUUCCAUGGUGAUUGGAUGUACCAAUUUAACGAAAAUGAUACGCAUAAAGGUGCAUUUUUUAUUAGCGAAACGGAAAACAUUACGGUUGAUUUCAUGGUAACGAGGGGUGUAUUUGGUUGGGCGUUAUUGAAGGAACUUGAUGCUAUAGCCUUUGAAAUGAAAUAUGUCGAUUCCAGUCUUUCAUUUGUAAUUGUGUUACCAAAUAGUCGAACUGGUUUACCUAUGUUAGAAGCCCAAUUCAAACCUGAUCUUAUGAAGAACAAUUUUAAUUAUUCAAAAAAUUCAGUGGCCAUUAUUCCAAAAUUCAAAGUUGAAUUUAAAAUCGAUUUAAUCGAUACUCUGAAAAAUUUGGGAAUGAGUGAAAUGUUCACCAAUAAAGCCGAUUUGAAUGGUCUUUUGGAAGUCCAUGAAGAUUUAUAUGUUAGUGAUGUUGUUCAUAAAGCUUUUAUCGAAAUCAAUGAAAGAGGAUCUGAUGCUGCUGCAGCCACAGCUUUUGCUCUCAGACAACGCAUUGGACCCAGAAAGUUUCAUGCAAAUCAUCCAUUUUUAUAUUAUAUUUGGGAUCGAGACACUGAUACGAUCUUAUUCAAUGGCCGAAUUGUUAAUUUUCAUUCACAUUCUCUGUUUCUUUGCUUGAGAGCCAGUGUGUUUUGUGCAUCCAUCAAAAUGUUACGGUUAGUGAUUACGUUGGUCAUAUGUUCAAUGUUAUUUCCAAAUAUUUUUGGCAAUGAAAUAAAAUCGAGCAUUCGUACUUUUGCAUCUGAUUUUUAUCAGGAAUGUGCAAAAUCAACGAGUGGAAAUGUAAUCGUGUCGCCUAUUUCUGUGGCAAAUGCAUUGAUGCUUCUAUCGCAAGCUGCUAAUGGUAGGACAUUUGAAGGAAUCAAGUCCGGCCUUCGUAUAAAUGUUGAAAAAAGUGUGGCAGCAAAUCAAUUCCAUGACUACUAUGAAUCACUUCAACACAACGUCGGAGCUGCUAUUUUAUCGACUGCAAAUCUUGUUUACGUGCAACAAGGAUAUAAACUAAAAAAGACCUUCCAAAAUGUGGCUGUUGAAGAUUUCGACUCUGCCAUUGGAACGGUGAAUUUUGCCAAUAAAGUUGAAACAGCACAAUUCAUCAAUCAAAUGGUUGAACAAAAAACAAAUCGAAAAAUUAAGAAUUUAAUCAAAUCAGACAUGUUUGACUCCGAUUCACGGGUGGUUUUAGUAAAUGCAAUUUACUUCAAAGGUGAUUGGAUGCAUAAAUUCAACAAGCAAUUCACAACAAAAAAUUUGUUUUAUACAAACAAAGAGCAAGCAAAAUCAGUUGAUUUUAUGCACACUGAUGCAACUUUCAAUUAUGGACACCUGAUUGACAUGGACGCAACUGCACUGGAAAUGAAUUAUUACAAUUCGAAUUAUUCAAUGGUAUUUAUAUUGCCAAAUGAACUCGACGGAAUUAAUGUGCUGGAAAAUCAAUUGAGAGGUUAUGAUUUUACCAAAAUUUCGCAUGCAAUGCAUUCACACCAAGUUGAAGUCCAUAUGCCAAAAUUCAAAGUUGAAUUUGAAAUCAAAUUGAAUGAUGUUUUGAAGAAUAUGGGAUUUGCUGAAAUGUUUACAUCAAACGCCGAUUUAAGUGGUCUUCUCGAGGUUAAUGAACCCUUGUUUGUGUCUGAUGCUGUGCAUAAAGCUGUCAUUGAAGUUAAUGAGGAAGGUUCUGAAGCUGCCGCCGCCACUGGUUUGGUGAUCACAAAACGAAUCGGAGGUAGUGGUCAGUUAUUUAUUGCCGAUCAUCCAUUUAUUUACUAUAUUUGGGAUAAAAACACCAAGACUAUAGUUUUCAUCGGACGUCUCACAAACUUUAGUUAAUUAGCUCAAACAAAAUGGCAACUUCAACAUUAAUAGUUCAUAAUGGCAUUAUUUUUGUAACAAAUACGUAUUCACUCUGAUGAAGAAAGUAAAUAAAUAAUAUUUAAUAUGUU